AUGCGUAAAGACAAGAGCAGCUGCGAACCAGACAAGGAUUUCAUCAUUGGUUUAAAUGAUUAUUUCGGUGACAUUUGCUUUGAUAGAGAAUAUUCUGAACCAGUUCCUGCCGAGAUUGAUGCGAACACCCCUGCUCCACAACUAUCUAUAUUUCAAGUGUUUAUUGCCUUAUCACGAAUAAAGCAUACUGCCACUGGACCUGAUGGAAUUCCUUUCAGGAUAUGGAAAGAUUAUGUUGAGAUAUUUACCCCAGUGAUUGUGAAUUUAUGGAACAUGUCUCUUGCUAGGCAGAUUUGGCCAAGCCGUUGGAAGGAGGCUAACAUCAAUCCACUCCCAAAAGUCAAGACACCAGUCGAAUACGCAGACUUUAGAGGAAUCAACGUUACUCCAGUUAUUGCCAGAACGUUUGAAAGAACAGUAUCUAACAUUUUUAACAAGAGGCGCCUGGAGGAACAUCUGAAUCACUCUCAAUUUGCAUACCGCUCAGAUGGAAGUUGUGUAAACGCUCUGUUGAAAAUGCCGCGUACAUUUCUCGAGGCAUUGGAUAGACGGGACACGUUAGCGGUGAGAAUGUUUAUGAUGGAUUUUUCAAAAGCAGCUUUGAUAACGUUAAACACAAUCUCCUAG